UAAGAACCCUAGUAAAUCUUAUCUGCCCCAAACAGUGAAAUAAAAAAAAUAUUGUUUAUCUCUUUCUCUCUCCGUAUCCAUGGCUCGAGUUUGCUCCAACCCAGUUGCUUUUCAUAGAUUGCGACCAUCUUUUAAUCCUUUUCGUCAAUCUCCCCAGCAAAUUAAAACCUGUCUCAGCUCUCAACGCAAGACUCGCAGAUUUCCCACUCUGGUGGCUUGCCAAACAACUCCUAAUCCUCCUGAAACUAAACAGGAAGAAGUGGUAGUCGAGGCUGAUUCAGUGAGUGAUGGCACCAGUACUCAGGCUACAAAUACAAGCUCGUCAAUGGAUUCUGGGUUUAUUCAAUUUCCAAACAAAGAAAUAAAUAAGCGUAUAGCAAUGGCUUCUACUCUUGGUGCACUAGGAUUUUUCUUGUUUACAAGACUGAACUUUGGUGUUUCUUUGAAGGACUUGACAGCCCUUGCGUUACCUUAUGAAGAGGCCCUCUCAAAUGGGAAGCCCACUGUUGUGGAGUUCUAUGCAGAUUGGUGCGAAGUAUGUCGGGAACUAGCUCCUGAAGUUUACAAAGUUGAACAACAAUACAAGGACCAAGUGAAUUUUGUUAUGCUGAAUGUUGAUAAUACAAAAUGGGAACAAGAGCUUGAUGAGUUUGGUGUUGAGGGCAUACCACACUUUGUGUUUCUGGAUAGAGAUGGGAAUGAGGAGGGUAAUGUUGUAGGCAGGCUUCCAAGGCUAUACCUGCUUGAGAAUGUGGAUGCUCUUGCCCGUGGAGAAACCUCAAUUCCUCAUGCACGUGUUGUGGGGCAGUUUUCAAGUGCUGAGAACAGGAGGGUCCAUCAGGUUGUUGCUCCCAGAAGCCAUGGCUAGCUUCUACCUUCCCCUGGAAAUUGACUGAUCAACUUGUGACUGCAAAUAUACAUGCAAGGUUGAAAUUUAUGUGGAAAAUUUGGCUACCUGUCAGUUUUUUUUUUUCCCUUACAGAAAGCAGCGACAAGCUCUCUCCUUUGGGUCUCUUAAUCGGGUCUAUGGGUCAGAUUUGUUCGUCGAUUGUAAAACUUGUGUUGGAAGAAUCCACACUACUGCAAUCAAUAGAUAUUUGUCUAUCAUUUUUUCUUAAA